AUGUAUUUAUUUAAAAAAGCAAAAGAUUCGAUUGUAAAUUCUUUACAGUAUGAUAAUUCUUCACCAUUAGUGAAAUUAAAUUUUGUAUGUAAAUGUAUUCUUAAGUAUACUUUUAUUUUGUCUUUUAUUUUCAUAGUUCUAAUAUUAUUAACUCUAUAUUUAGAAAAAAAUUUAAUAAAUAAAAAUAUAUUACAACUUUUUGCAAUAUUAUCCCUCAUAUUAUGUCUAUUGUCUUUUAUUAUAUUAAAAAGAAAAAAUGGAUCUCAUAUAUUAUCUAAAAUUAAGAUGUAUCCUUUUUCGUUCAAAGAUUUAAUUGAUGUAUCUUUAUCAACUGGGACAUUAACUAUAUCAAUUCUUGAUAUUUUCUUAUGCUAUAUUUAUCUUCUUGCUGCACUUUUAAUUUUUUUAACGGCAAUUUUUUCUGUAUAUGAAAGCUUAGAAAACCCAUAUAUGAAGGAUAAUGAGAAUAUAAAUUCUUUCACUUUACAAUUCGUUUCUGUUUCAUUCAUUGGGUUACAUACAAUUUCCCAAAUUACUAUUUUCAGAACUAUACCAUAUCAUCCUUUGGAAUACUUGGGAUACAUAAUAAAAAAUAUUGGUGAUGAUAUAUUUUCUGUCAUAAAAAAUUUAUGGAAUUUCAUAUCUUAA